GGGGGGACAAACAAUAGUACGUAUAAAUCACACAGAAGUGGCUGCUUUGGCUGCAGCAUUUCCUUCAGUCAUUUCCAAGAAUUGGUAUUUUAUUGGGGGUGAAUCAAAGUGGCGCACACCAGGCUGGGUUGUGUACUCAGUGCAAAAGGUGUGGUCCUGGCUGCUGAUUUACAUGGAGGAAUGGGAAGAACAUGACAAGCAGAGAGAGUGUUAGUAAAGAGGCAGACAGAGCCAGAGUGCUGAAGAUAUUUGUGGGAAUUGUAAGGCAGUGGAACUGGUCUGAGCAUGUAUAAUAAUCAGAGACCUCCAGUCUACGACAACAGAGCAUUCCAGCAAGAGGAAGGAAGACCCCCUCCAUACGCCCAACACAAGGGUCUCUACCCUUCCUUACCACAACAGAUCCCCAGUUAUGUUGCCGUCAGUCCCACAACCAUCAACACCCACCAGACUGGAACACCUGGAAUGCCACAAAACACAGGACAAAAGAAAGACAUAAAGAAAUGUCGAUGGAAACACAUCCUGAGUGCAUGCCUGUGCGUGUUUCUUAUCCUGGCAGUGGCCGGCCUCCUGCUCUGGUACUUCUUAUAUUUCCAGUGUUUACUGGGAAAGUCGUGCAGGAGUGGCGGGAAGUGUCUCAGUCGCUCCCAGUGGUGUGACGGUGUUAAGGACUGUUCUCAUGGAGAGGAUGAAUCUCAGUGCUUCCGCCUCCACGGGACCAACUUCAUCCUGCAAAGUUACUCAUCUGACAGCGAGAAGUGGAUGCCGGUGUGCGCUGAAAACUGGGACGACAACUAUGGGAGAGCUGUGUGUCAGCAGAUAGGGUACCAGAGGCAGGAUUAUGCGUACUCCGCUGAAGCCAGUGCAGGUUCGAUGGCCUCGAAGGGAUACAUGAAGCUGAAGCCUGGAAGUGACCACGGAUCACGUUUACAGUCACAGCUCGCUUACAGCCAAACCUGCUCAGCCCAAGCUGUCAAACUUCACUGCAUUGAUUGUGGAGAGAGUUCAGCAGCCCCCAGCACUCGUAUUGUGGGUGGUACAGCAGCAGUAAAUGGAGCCUGGCCGUGGCAGGUCAGUCUCCAGAUUCGUGGUCGACAUAUUUGUGGAGGCUCCAUUAUCAGCCCUUACUGGAUUCUCUCUGCUGCACACUGCUUCCAAACGUACAACAAUCCUGACAUGUGGCUGGUUUACUCUGGCGACGUGCGCUUGUCACGGUUGGCGUACGAUGUUGGCACAGCGGUUGAACAAAUCAUUAAUCACAAGGACUAUAACCGAAACACUAAUGACAAUGACGUUGCUCUUCUAAAGCUCCACACGCCUCUGACAUUUUCAGCGACAGUGAAGCCUGUGUGUCUCCCCAACGUUGGCGUGGACCUCUCUGCUGAACGUCAAGCCUGGAUUACAGGAUGGGGAGCCUUGAGGUCAAGUGGACGAUCCCCUGACACUCUAAAUCAGGCCCAAGUGACUAUUUACAGCAGAGAGACCUGCAACAGACCUGACGUUUUAAACGGGGAGGUCACUAAGGCCAUGAUCUGUGCUGGCAAGCUGCAGGGAGGAGUCGAUACAUGUCAGGGUGACAGUGGAGGGCCCCUGGUGGUCAAAGAGGGAAAUGUAUGGUGGCUGGUAGGGGACACGAGCUGGGGGAUUGGAUGUGCUUGGGAGAACAAGCCAGGUGUCUACGGCAACGUCACCUACUUCAUCGACUGGGUAUACAAGCAAAUGCAGAAUGAAUGACAGAGUUCGUGGUGAAUCUGAAGACCGACCAUGUUUUCAUCAAUCAGCAGUACUUACUUAAACACACACUUUGCACUUUAAAUCUGAAGCUCCAAAAAGAUGGUACAAAUAAAACUGAUGUAUUAUUCCAUUGUUUUUUUUAUAUGCUAGUUAUUAGUACAGAUUGAAUCAUUGUAUUUCAACAGAAUCAAUAUUUAUUUGUUGUAAUAAAACAAAUUUUUGCACA